AUGACUUCGAGUAUGAUUGGCAGGCUAAUUUCAAAUGAGGUUCGUAAUAAGGCUUUGACAUCGAUUAGUGAGGUGGUUUGUGAUUUCAAGGACUAUAUGGAACAGAAGUUUUUUAUCAGUCAGCUUGGAUGGGUGUUGAAAAAACAAGGGAUGUUGUUUUUGAUGACUAUUCAUCUUCAUUUGACGAUCUUCGUUGAUAUGUUGAUGCCGCUAAUGAUUUAUUGUUGGCCUAUGUUGAUGCUUGAUGAAACUUUCUUGAAAAGAAGACACAAAGGUUGUUUAUUGGCUGCUACGACAAAAGACAGUAACCAAGGAAGAGAUAUUGCGUUUGUUACUGAUCAGCAUGGAGGUUUGCUAAAAGCUUUAGCUGAGACAAAUUUGAAGACUUAUUUGUCAGUGAAGAGUCGCGAAUCUAACGAGUAUUUGCUCACUCUUUUUAGUAGAUGUGCAUAUGCUCCUACUAUUGAGUUGUUUAAUGAGCUAUUUGAAAAAUUUAAGGGUCGUUGUUGUUGUAGUGUUCAGAAGUUUCUUGAGGAUUUGCCUAAUGAGUGUUGGUGUAACCCUUAUUUUCAAGGCAAAAGGUAUGGUGAAAUGUGCACAAAUGUUGCGGAAUCUUUUAAUACAUGGAUUAGAGAUAAACGCCAUUUGUUUUCAACUAAUCUUGUUGAUACUAUAUGGGUGAAACUAAUGGAGCAAUUUUCAAAAAGGAGAGAAGUUGGAAAUAAGUGGAAUCGUAUUGUUUGCCUUUUUGCAGAGAAAAAGUUAGAAGAAACAUUUAAUGAUACAAAGGCAUGGAUAGUUAAGAAAUGUAGCGAUGAUAUUCAUGAAAUCUUAUUGGAUCAUUUAGUUUUGGUUGAUAUUUGGAAGCGGUCUUGUUCUUGUCGAUUGUUGAAAAUUGAUUCUUUUCUUUGCAAACGUGGUUUUUGUGCUAUAAAGAGGAGUGAGAAGGAUCUGAACUGUUUUCUUGAUGAUUGCUAUCAUGUUCAUAGUUAUUGUGAUUCUUAUUCGCAUUCUAUCUAUCCAGUUUCAAGUAUGUGGAAGCCAAAUGUAGUUCUUGAUGAUAACAUUGUUUUACCUCCUCUUUGUAAAACACCAGUUGGACGUCCAAGAACAAAGAGAAUAUCUUCAAAGGGCGAGAUCAAGAGAAUUAGAUGUAGUAGGUGUGGAAAGAUGUGA